UCAUGUACCAUCAGCUAUUUGUCAAAUAUUUAAAGUGUUAAUAUUUUCCUGAUUCAUGAUUUUCAAAAAAUGGCUUCCAACGAAGAAUGGUGUUCAGAAGUUUCGUCAAAACUUCAGCGAGAAGAUCUAAGAAUUUCAACCCUAAACGAGAUAAAAGAACACUUCUCGUCUAUUUCCCAACUUGAAGUGUCUAAACUAGUGAAUAUACUCUCUCUGCCUUUAGUUUUUGAUUGUUUAAAUGAUACAAAUUCGGAACAGGUUGACUUAGCUUGUGAAGUAUUGUCACUUUGCAUGAACAAUCUGAGCUUGGGCGAAAGCACAAACAAAUACGAUAUUCCUUUGGAACGUUCUUUGAACCAUCCUUACACAUCUGUUAAGCUUAUGGCCCUCGGAGAAAUAUAUAGAAAUAUUUCGAAGGAAGAAUCUCUCGUAGACAUCUGCAAAAGAAUGUCGUUAUUCAUGAGCAUAUUGAAGUGUCUUGGUGAUAAUGAUAUUGCUGUAGCUAAGAGAGCUUUCGAUAUUAUGUGUGUUAUCGGAUUGUCAGAUUUAGGACUCAAAACUCUGAUUUCCAGUGAUGGCAUGAAGGUAGCGCAUCAGGUUAUGAAUGUCAAUGAAGUAGCACGUCUUAGAUAUUAUGAGAUGGUGAUCAAUUUAUCCAAGGAGUCUGAAUCGAACUUCAAUUUGCUAAACUCCACAGGUGUGUUUACUGAUAUCAUAGAAGAAUUGAAAAGUAAUGAUGUAUUACUCAGGAUGAACGUUGUUGAACUGCUGACCCAAUUGGGAUUGAGCCAUCACGGUUUCAUAUUUCUCGAUAAAAGUGGAGUGCUGGGUGAACUUUUCGCUAUGAUCGAAGACGAAGAACAGCCAUUGACAGUUCAACUUUGUGAACCAGGAAUUUUGAAGUUUUUCGGUAAUAUGGCACGAAAUAAACCUAUUGAACUUUUGUCGAAGUAUCCCAAGUUCUUUGACAGAUUGUUUUCAAAUCUAGAAAGUGGAAAUUUGACAAUUGUUGGGAUUUCGUUAGACACACUGGGAACGAUUGGAUUGUCUGGCGCAGGAAAAUGUGCCCUACAGUCAACAGGAAAUAGAAUCACAUAUGCCAUUAAAACCGUCAUCAAAUUGUUACCAUCACUUCCAACAGAAGUGAGGAUGAGGGCUUUGAACUGUUUAGAAAACUUGUUGAGCGUUACUGAAACAGUGACUGAUUUGACGCAAAUUACAAGAAAAUGGUACUUGAUGUUUGGUGAUGAACCAAUGGAACUGAUUUUGAGAUAUGCUAAAAACCCAUUUUCAGAAAUAAAAUUGGCUGGUUUGGGAUUGUUGCAUGCUCUAGCAAAUCAAACUUGGGGUCAAGAAGAAAUAAAUAAUACUCCAGGUCUUGUGGAGUAUUUGCUGGACCGAAAUACUGAAACUGUCAAGGAGUGCAAAGAAAUGAAAUACGGAAUCAUCAAGCUUCUUGCGAAUAGUAGUAUCUUUGACAGUCCAACUACAAAUAGACUGAGGGAGUAUGUAAAAGAAGGGCCGUUUUAUGUGCAUGUCAUCACUGAAAUUGCUUUCGAGGGAAAUGAUUAGGAAAUUUUGAAUAUUUUUGUAUAUUUUCUUAUAUCGUUUGAUAGAAAAUAAAGAAGAUGUGACUUGA